UGUGUGUCAGUGUGCAGGCGAGGUUGGAGCUCCAAACACAUGCUGCAAGACUUGAGAUAUUUUUCUGAUCCAGCCUGGGGUUAGCCUACUAGAGAUGGAACCAUAAUUCGUGUCUUCUCUUGGAGUGAAUUAGAUGAUAUAAACUGGAAAGCUUGAUUUUUUACUCUCAGAUAAUCGGUUAUAGGAAAUAAGAGUUGCUUGACAGUUCAUACGAUCUCUGGCGAAAUGUGGGGACUGGCAAGCAUCAUUUUGUGUUUACCUUUGUUUUCACAAUAUGUGGAGGCGCAAAGCAAGAUCUUUGGGGAGACGGAGCCUGUGCGGAUGACGUCCGAGGGUUCGGACUGUCGCUGUAAGUGCAUCAUGCGGCCCCUGACGCGCGACGCGUGCGCCCGGCUGCGGAGCGGAAGCGUGCGAGUGGAGGACUUCUACACGGUGGAGACGGUCAGCUCGGGCUCUGACUGCAAGUGCUCGUGCACCGCACCGCCCUCCUCCCUCAACCCCUGCGAGAACGAGUGGAAGAUGGAGAAGCUGAAGAAGCAGGCGCCCGAGCUGCUGAAGCUGCACUCUAUGGUGGAUCUCCUGGAGGGAACCCUGUACAGCAUGGACCUGCUGAAAGUUCACGCGUACAUCAGGAAGGUCGUCUCUCAGAUGAACAACCUGGAGGAGACCAUAAAGACCAAUCUGACCCGGGAGAACGACUUUGUGAGAGACAGCCUCAGCUCCCUGACCAACCAGCUGAAGCGCUAUGACAACUACUCUGACAUCAUGAUCAGCAUCAAGAAGGAGAUCUCCAGGCUGGGCCUGCAGCUGCUGCAGAAGGACUCUGGAGCUACGCCCAGCAGCAAAGCUCAGGACACGGCGGGAGACAAGGCGAAAGAAGCAGGCAAGUACUCAGCCAAGAAGCCCGAGAAACCCAAACCACCCCCCAAGGCAGCCAAGGAGAAACUGGUCAAGCCCAAGAAGGAGGUCACCAAGCCGGACUCCGCAGGGAAGGCCAAGGCUGCAGGUCACCAGCCAGGAGUCAUCAGGGGCAUCACCUACUACAAGGCCACCAAGACAGACGGAAGGGACGGCACUGCCAGCAGCAGAGAGAGCUCGGCCAAGACUCACAACGCUGGCUCUGACCGAGAGGCUCACGUCGAGGAGAGGCCCGAGGAAACCGACACACUCCGCAGGGUCGAGGACAUCGACAGUCCUGUCACCACAACCACAGAAACCGCGGCGACUGUCGCCCCGACGACCACCACCACCACCACCACCAAAGCUCCCACCACUACCAGCAGCACAAGCACCAGCUCCACCACCAGCAAGACGACAGGUAGAGGAGAGGACCGACUAGUGCAGCCUGCUCCCACCAUCCUCCUGGUGAUUGACAACUCGGACAACAGCAGUCGACUGCCGACUGGGAAGGACCUGGAGUGCGAGGGGACCAUCGCCUCGGUGGAGAUGCCCGUGAGGCACCACAGCUACGGGCGCAACGAGGGCGCCUGGAUGAAGGACCCUCUGGCCAGGGACUCCAAAAUCUACAUCACAAACUACUAUUAUGGCAACAACCUGGUUGAAUUCCGCAAUCUGGAGAAUUUUAAACAAGGACGCUGGACCAACCUCUACAAACUGCCUUACAACUGGAUUGGAACAGGCCAUGUUGUCUACAACGGUGCCUUCUACUACAAUCGGGCCUUCACAAAGAACAUCAUCAAGUACGACCUGAAGAUGCGAUACGUGGCUGCCUGGACCCUCCUGCACGACGUCGUCUACGAGGACACCACGCCCUGGAAGUGGAGAGGCCACUCGGACAUCGACUUUGCCGUGGACGAAAGUGGCCUCUGGGUCAUCUACCCGGCAGUAGACUAUGACUACGGCCAGCAGGAAGUCAUCGUGGUCAGCAAGCUGGACCCCACGGACCUGUCCAUCAAGAAGGAGACCACCUGGAAGACGGGGCUAAGGCGGAAGUCCUACGGGAACUGCUUCAUUGCUUGCGGCGUGCUUUAUGCUGUCGACGUGUACAACCAGCGAGAGGGCGAGCUGUCGUACGCUUACGACACACACACAGGCACGCAGAGAGCUCCCCAUCUGCCCUUCAUCAAUGAGCACGCCUUCACCACACAGAUUGACUAUAACCCCAAGGAGAAGGUGCUGUAUGCGUGGGACAACGGACACCAGGUCACCUACUCCAUCAAUUUUGUGGAGCAUUCAAAGUCUUAAAAAAAAAUGGACCAAUUAUUAUGCCUCUGCAACCUUUUCCCUCAAAACUCCAUCCAACUGAACAAGCACUUUCUUUCUUUUAUGCUAUUCGAAUUAGUUGUUUUUUUUUUGUAAUGCGCUGUUCUUUGUUUUCGUUGUUGCUCUUACUGCUGUUAAUAAGGUAUCUUCAUGUUCGGGCCAUGUUCAAAGACAGCAACAAAAUCAUCAGCUAAACUUUUUUUUGUAGACUGUAUCAGCUAUAUGUUUAUAUCAGCUGUAGACAGCUGAUCGCUUAUGUGUGUUAUUAUUAUGGGUGGAAGUGAUAGUCACACUUCAGCAAAUCACGAUGGAGCUCACAAAGACGUCAGACUCAGACUGGUUGUUCAUUAGCCAAUGACAAAGGGACUUACAUGAGAACUCUCUGAAAAUCCGCUAUAAGGUACAGUCAGGACUGAGAUUAUUUUCUGUUAUUUUUUGGUCAUUUAUUUUUACAAAUCCAGGGACAUACAUGUUUAUUUACACACAUAGAUGUACACACUGUGUAUAUUAAAUUAUACUAUUCAGUCAGAGAUAUCACUCUGGAGUUUGGUGGACUGCAAUCAUUGAUUAGACUAUAUAUGCUUAUGAGUCUGAAUUUGAAUGUUCUUUUUUCAACUAACUUUUCUAAGGUUAUGUGAUAAAACUUUUUUUGAAAUUAGAGUGCUACUCUGUAAAACUAUGUAAGACUUUGGCAAUCUGUAAAUAUUUUAAUCAUGUACUUUUUAAAAUUGCCAGAUGCUUAGGUGUAACCCACUGUUCACAGUAACCUCUUUGAUAGAGUUUUCCACAGGAAGAAGAAAAAGUAAUUUAAAGCUGAACUGAUAAAAGUAAAGUCCCGUUGGAGAGUAAGUGUUGGAAUUUAGACCGUUCCACUGUAAAUAACAUUAAAGGUGCACAUGUGCAAAGUAGACAUCUGGGUCAGUUUUGCUCAAUUACAUGUGACUUCCUCAAGGCAUUUUGUUUUCAAUGUGUUCAUUUGUUUCAAUCCUCCAAACAUGUUUCUACAAUGAACUAAAUAAAAAAUUAAAUUCAGAG